GCACUGGGCCAUUCUGGGGCUGGGUUCUCAGCUAUUUUGGGCAAGGAUUGGUGGUAUGCAAAAGGAACUUCCCCCCCUUUUUUUUUAAGCACAGGCCCAGCAAGAACUGAGCAAUCAACUGCAUUUCCUGUUCCCAUCUCACCCUUCUGAGCACCUCUCUGCCUGCCGAAUUACUGAAGCCACUAGAGCUGGAUUCCAUUUCUCUGCUCCAGGCACAGGAUAAGCCCACCAAGCUGGUGGCCUCAUUCUGGCGAUGGCUCCCCGUGCCAGCUGCUUCCUGUUGGCAAUGAUGUUUUCUGCCAGCUGUAAACCCAUCAUCUCCUCGGAUCAGAUGUGCACUGAGAAAGAAGCCAACAACACAUAUAACUGUGAAAAUUUAGGUCUCACGGAAGUUCCUGACACUCUACCAAACACAACAGAAUUUUUGGAAUUUGGCUUUAAUUUCUUGCCUGCAAUUGAAAAUACAACUUUUAGCAGACUCGUAGAUCUUAUCUUUUUGGAUUUAACCAGGUGCCAGAUCAACUGGGUACAUGAAGACAGUUUUCAAAACCAUCAUCAGUUGAACACAAUUGUGUUGACUGGAAAUCCCCUGAUAUUCAUGGCAGAAACAUCUCUUAAUGGGCCCAAGUCGCUGAAGCAUCUUUUCUUAACCCAAACAGGAAUAUCCAAUCUCGAGUUUAUCCCAGUGCACAAUCUGGAAAACUUGGAAAGCUUGCACCUUGGAAGCAAUCAUAUUUCCUCCAUUAAGUUCCCAGAAAACUUCCCAAUCCAGAAUCUGAAAGUUCUGGAUUUUCAGAAUAAUGCUAUCCACUACCUGGCUAGUGAAGACGUACAAGCUCUGGAGCAGACCACCAACCUGAGCCUUAAUUUCAAUGGCAAUGACAUUAAAGGCAUUGAGCCUGGAGCUUUCCGUUCAAAAAUCUUCCAGAGUUUGCAAUUUGGAGGGACUCUUAACUUGUCUGUUGUAUUAAAAGGUCUACAGAACUCUACUACUCAGUCUCUCUGGCUGGGGUCAUAUGACGACACCGAUGACCAAGACCUGACUUCAGCCAUGUUUGACGGACUUUGUGAAAUUUCUGUUGAAAGCGUCAAUCUACAGAAGCACACCAUCUCUGAUAUCUCCCCUGCCACAUUCCGGUGCUUCACUCAACUCCAGGAAUUGGAUCUGACAGCAAAUCACUUAAAUGAGUUACCCUCUGGGAUUGAGGGGAUGAAGACUCUCAAGAAAUUAGUUCUCAAUGUAAAUAGUUUUGACCAAUUGUGUCAAAUCAGUGCUGCCAGUUUUCCAUCCCUUACUGACCUCUCUAUCAAAGGCAACAUGAGGAAACUUGAUCUCGGUGCUGGGUGUUUGGAAAAACUAGAAAAUCUUCAGAAACUUGAUUUAAGCCACAGUGAUAUAGAAGCUUCUGACUGCUGCAAUCUUCAGCUCAAAAACCUGUCCCACUUACGAUACCUAAACCUGAGCUACAAUGAGCCUCUCGGUCUCCAGAGCCAGGCGUUCAAAGAAUGUCCUCAGCUAGAAGGUCUAGAUUUGGCAUUUACCCACUUGCAAGUUAGGGGUCCGCAAAGUCCUUUCCAAAACCUCCAUGUCCUACAGGUUCUGAAUCUCUCUCACUGUCUCCUGGACACUGGGAACCAGCACUUUCUAACAGGCCUGGUGGAUCUCCGCCUUCUCAAUUUACAGGGGAAUCACUUUCAAGAUGGGAGUAUCUCAAAGACCAACCUACUUCAGACCUUGAGCAGCUUGGAGAUUCUUAUUUUAUCCUCCUGUGGUCUCCUCUCCAUAGACAAGCAAGCAUUCCAGAACCUUAGGAAAAUGAGUCAUGUUGACUUAAGCUACAACAGCCUGACAGGCAAUAGCAUGGAUGCUCUCAGUCAUCUUCAGGGAAUCUACCUCAAUAUGGCCGCCAAUAACAUCCGCAUCGUCCCAUCUCAUCUCCUCCCCACCUUGUCCCAGCAGAGCACCAUUAAUUUAAGUCACAAUCCACUGGACUGCACUUGUUCGAAUAUUCAUUUUAUAACAUGGUACAAGGAAAACCUGCAGAAAUUUGAGGGCUCGGAGAACACUGAGUGUGCAAACCCCCCAUCUUUAAAGGGAGUUAAGCUGUCCGAUGUCAAACUAUCUUGUGGGAUUACGGCCAUGGGCAUUUUCUUUCUUGUAGUAUUUUUAUUCUUGGUUGCCAUUCUGCUCAUUUUUUCAGUUAAAUUCCUUCUGAGGUGGAAAUACCAGCACAUUUAAUGCUGAAGGUUUCUAGAGAUGGCAAGUAAAUGUGUUUAGCGAAAAUGCCCCAAGUAAAGGAACUGUUGUCUGUUCCUUUUCGGUCUGUCAGACUUUUCAGAUUGGCCCCGACAGCUGGGCAGGGAUUUGCUAUGCUUUUCUGAGUCCUAGAGCUAAUGAACCUUCCUGGAACUUAAACUGACUAAGGGCCCAACAACAGCUGUGAGAGACUCAAAUCCAUUUCUUCACAUGGAAGGUUGCUAGAGGACCAGUAGCAGGGAAAGGCCAGGAGAAGAAUGCACUAGGAGGCCAUCUCCCUUCCGCUUGUGGACACCCCUGGAAGCAGCUCCUACCCUGACCCUAAAAGGAAAUCAACUCCUCCAACUAGGCAGGGCUGACAGCCCCAGCCCAAGCUCCAUCUCUCACAGCUUGGACAUUGUGCUGGGCUCGGAGUCCUCAGUAAGGCAGUCAUUUGAAAAACUUGUUGAGGAUAAAGUCUCAAAGCUUAUUUUAAAUGAAAAAGGGAAUACACAGUGAAUUUAAAAGAAGAGGCUGAGAAAUGAGAAAUGAAUCUUGACAUCAAAUCGACUUCACUAAUCUCCUUAAUCCUUACGUCUCUAAGGCCUCUACAAAGACGCUAGGGUGUAAAUAGCUACCAAAAAAAAAAAAAAAAAAGCAAAAAACCCCNGCUCCCCACCCCCAAGGUCUAGGAGUUUUGCUACAUUGGCCACCCUCUCUUCAGAACCCUGGAAGCAACUUCUACGUAUCUGGUGUGCUUGCUCUUACGUUACAAAUCCUACCUUACACAUGGGCUGUGGUCCAAAUGCUCUUCUCAUUUGGAUGUCUGGUCCUUAGAAGCUUCUUUCCCACAGGAACUAUGAAAUAAUUGGUGGCUUGGUUCCCAGGCUAGCUCUCAAUAGUCUGUUCACCUGGGACAGCAAUCGAGACAGCACAUUUACAUUGACAGUGGAGGAAAGCGCAGCCGUAUGCUAGCUAGCCAGGACACAAUCAGCGGGCUUCCUGCGUUUCCGGUGUGGCCAGGGGCAUCAGCAGUGGGCAUAUCAGUGCAAAAGAGAGGACAAGACCAUUGGAUGGAAAGAGAGAGAGAGGACAGGCAAGGGGAAAGUGUUAUGACUUAGGCCUUACAAGGCGCAAAGGGUCAGACUCAUUUAGGGCUUGGUCUCCUGCAGUCUCACUGGCAGACAAGAGCUGGGACCUCUUGUACUCAGGUGUUGUGUUUAUAUGGCCUUGAGUUCUAUACCUAAUUUUAGGCUAGAGGUGGUAACUUAGAGUUAUGAAAAUCUGAUGGGCUAUCAAAAUAAAAUUAAUUUUCAUAACCAAUCAGAAUUUAUUAGCCCUUCAGAUGAGGGCAUAAGAGUGGGACAUAUGACAGAAUGGAAACUUGGGGAGCAAGCUCUCUUUACCUCUGCAUGCCCGAGAACAGCAAGAAAGACAGGAAAUAGUGAAGAAAUGCCACAAACCUCUCCCUCAAAGGCUCUGCUAGCCUUAGGGGGAUUGUUUUGUGUAGUACUGGAUGGGAGGCCAAAUUUUCUCAGAAGUUCUUGGUAAAGAACACAAGGUGGGGGCUAAGGUAAAGAGAGAGAGUUACUUGCCUUGGGUGCAAAAUUUAAGCGGAAGCCAAAAAAUUCAGUAAGCAAGACAAAACUAUUUAAUGCAGUAUUUUAAAAACUAAUGAAAGAAAUACAUGGUAAAUAAGAUAUCAACAUUUAAAAAAAUAGGAUCCAUAAUAAUAGUCCCAUGCUGAACCAUAUUAGAGCCUGAGGCAAAGGGAGAAUCAGUAAUACUGAGCCUGCCUUUGUUUAAAAUUUUGAUAUUUUAUUCAUGGUUGAUAUUUUGCAUCAGUUUUUUUUUUAAUUUAAUGUUGCAUUAAAAUAUCUUCAUUACUGAGUUCUUUGGUGCCCCCUUAAAUUUAGCACCCAGGGUGGGUGUCUCACUGGCCUCAUCCUUUCCCACCCCGAGGAAUGCUAAGAAGCAGGAAUUCCCAGCUAACUCCUAGGCCACAGUUCACCCAGGGCCUCUUAGCAGGCAUGUGAUCUCAGUUUUACUCGGAAGCGUCUAUCCCUUUCCCCUUACUUUCUGGAAGCAAGUCAAAGUGUCCAAGAACUUACACCUUGUUCCCCAUCCUCAGGUAACUUCCAACUCCUGGGCUCAAAGGCCUCCUUCCAUCAAAGCCAAGAGAGGUGGCACCGAUGAAUGGGUAACUUAUCCCCCUGAGCUCUAGGCGGCCUGGACCUCAGGAGCGAGGGCAGGCUGAGCGCCGCUCUGCUAAUGAAAUGAAAGAACACGUAAUUAGCGGCUUUAAUUACCUUGAAUAUCAGUGUUUGGGAAAACAGGUGCCUGAAAAGGAAGUUUUCCUCAGCUUUCCUGAGGGAGCAUUGGAGAUGCAGUUGUUUAAACAUGUGUGUGGAAGGCGAAAGUAAGGGCUAGAAAUAGGAGACUGAGCCUCCUCGUCUCAUCGACCUUUCUUCCUUCCCUGGGCCUAGGAUGGUGGGGCACCAUUCUGAGAAGGCUAGGUCGAGCCAAUGCUGGGCUGGUAUUGGCCUGGUCUGGCAGUGACCAAGGUCUUUGCUCACAGAGGCCUGGGCUCAGGACAGACCUGACGCAGAAGCAGGCCUGGCUGCCUUGCCCAGGCUCUGUCGGUGUGCAGACGGCUUCCUCACUGCUGCUACAGGAAAGUCCCCUCGUUCAAGGCACCUGGAGGCAACGUUGGCCAACCCUCCCAAGUCGAGAGAGCACCCCUGCCAACUACAGCACCCCAUGUGGCCCACUCUUGUGCCAGAGCCAUUCGCCUUUGAGAAGUCAGGGGGGGAUGGGAGCAGGACAGUUAAUGUGUUUCAUUGAUUGUGUUCAUCUGCUUGUAGUAAAUUAGAUGAUCAGCUCUGGAAAGUCUGGGAGAUAUUCCUGGUAGUGACCGUGAAGAUGCAAACACCAUACUCACUGUUUCCUCCCUCCCUCCCCUCUCUCUUUCUCUUUCCUUUUUCUUUCUUUGCUGUUUAUUCCCUUCUUUCCUCUUCUCCUUCCCUCUCUGCACUUCCUUCCUUCCUCACUGGUUUCACGCUUUCCUUUCUCCCUUCAUCCAUAUCAUAGAGUAUGGAAGUCCACACUCUAUGAAUCCAGUCUGAGACAUAACUGAGUCACUGAGUUCCCUGUGCAUUCUAGCAAAUUCAGGCUCUCACCUGACUUCAGGAUUUAAGCUGUGGAUAGGAAAUGCUAACUGCUGACUUACCACUCCAUAGCCACACUGUCCUCCGCAGUAGUUCAUGUGUAAAAACAAAAACACAAGAAUUCUCUUUAGGAUAUCCACAAGGCAGAUUACAUCACAUGAAAGACGGUGGGGUCCUAAGGCCCAGCAAGAUGUAAUUGCCCAUCUCUUGCUUUCAUUUAUCAGGCACGCGCCCCUUCCAUGUCAUGCAACUUGCAAUUCUGUAACUGCACGCUAAUCUAAGGCUUUGUGACAGCUCCUCUGUUUUAAGCAACAGUAAAUUCACCCUGCAAAGUCAGAAAGGGAGCUUUUUUGAUAGCUGCUGUCAAUUUUAUUGCUUUAUCCUGGUUACUAGGAUAGAACCUGUAGACAUGGUGUGUUUAUUGGUUUUAUGUAUCGCAUGUUGUUACUGCUCUGACAAGCUGCCCCUAUAAAAAUGUGUUAUUAUUGCAUGUUGUAGCUCAGUGAGCUGACCCUGCAUUUCACAGGGUACUGAAGCAAAUAGCAUUGAAGUCCAUACAAGCUGACUGGCCGCCAUCACAGAGGACUCUGUGUGAACUGCGACUCCCGCAAUCGGGUGGCAAAUUAUACCUUUCCCCGGAGCCAGCAGCCAUCAUUCCUAACCCAACACAGCACAGACCCAAACACAGGCAUUACCUGUAAAAUUUCCAGACAGGAAGCUGUCAUAUCAUUCCUACUCGUCCAAUUCCCCCAUAAGUGUCAUUUGCAAUUUUGAAGUUCACAAAUGUAUGAGAUAAAUGGCUUUUAAAUGUUUCUGUAUAAGUUGCAAGAGGGGCAGCUGACAUUAUUUUCUGCCCUGAAUGCUAAUGAAAAGUUAACUUGAGUUACAGCAAGAAAGAAUGUGAUUAGUUUUAAGCAAGUCACAACUGGGGAUCCUGGGUGUUUAACUAGAAUCAGUUGCCUAGAACAUUAAGAGUUAGAACGUUUACUGGGGUGGGGGGGGUUUAGCUUGAAGGCUGCAGAAGAAUGGGCCAGCCAUGUAUGGGUCCCAGAUACUGGUUUAUCACCAGAAUCAUCUGGGGGAUUCAUUACCAAACAGAUUCCUCUGCCCCACCCCUGGAUAUUGGAAUUGUGUUAGACUGGGUUUGGCUCUAGACUCUAAGCCAGAUGAUUUCAUGCAAAAUAUCUUUCCCUAAUCUUAUCAAUCAAUAGCUGAGUCAUAUGUUAGUCUCCAUGAGUCAAAUGAGUUGAAGAGCUGCUCCAUAUUCUCUAAAAGGAAAUUUUGUAGCAAAAUGAGAAUAAGGGGCUAAGGAGACUUCAAAUCCAAGGGUGAGACAUCCUGGGGUGUAAAGCCUGUUCGUCUCUUGCCACAACUGCCAGGCCACAAGACUCUGCUGCUAAACUCCCAUGCUCCCCCUCCUACCCUCCACCCAUACACUCAUUCCAUCCCAUCUACUUAUAAUCUGAAAUCAUUUGUUGAAUACUGCUGGUCUUAAGAAAGGAAAGAACUAUUCUACAGAUUUUUUUUUUAAAAAGCCAUUUUUGUUCAUAAAAAAUUAAAUACUGACCUUCACUAAACCCUCAUCCCCCCAAACCGAGAUAUUCUCUAAGCAUCUGACUGUUCAAGACAAGGUGUUAGACCCCACAAAGGUAAGCAGAGGACAGGUGGCCACCAGAGUAUCCAUCCAUCUCUUCCUUCUCCCUGCAUGUUCAUUUGUGGGCUUCUUCAACAGCUUGGGUCUCCCUUUUUUGCUUUUUCUUUUCUUUGGAAACAACCUAAAUACCCAAUAAUAGAUAAAUGACUUAAUAAAUUAGAUGACGUGAACAAAUUGGGAGAUCUUCUAUAUUCUUGGGUGGGAUAGGAACAUUGGAAACCUGUUGGCAUUACUAGGAAUUAGAGAAAUACAACUUAAAAUGAGAUAAAGGUUUGUAUCUAUUAGUAUGGCAAAAAGAAAGAUCUGAAUAAUAGCAUUGGUGGGGUAUGGGGUUAUAGGAACUGUGUGCAUGGCUUAUGGAUGUAGACGGGUGAAGCCAAUUCAAGAACCUGUGACAGCAAUUAGUCAAGUUAAAUAUGUGACCCACAAAUUCCAUAAGGGUGUAUUUCCUAAGAAAAUCUCACAUUUCCACAACAAUAUUUAGUGCGGCAUUAUUUAUGGAGGGGGACGUUCAAAGCAGUUUGAGUGUUCCUCACUAGGAAAAUGGAAAGACACCCACCAUGGGUAUUACAUGGUCAUCAGAAGCAGUGGGUCAGAUAUAGCUAUAGCAAUGUAUUUGAAUCUUAAACAUACGGUGUUGGAGGAGGUCACCAAGAGGACAUGACUACUGGUUGACCCGUGAGCUGGACCUGCACCACCAGAGGCUCCUCACCCCCUCCCCUGUUCUUAGAAUGUACACUCCACCCACCAUUCCCACAAUGGGAGUUGGUUUCAAGGAAAGUCUUGAGAGAGCCACCUUCUGUUGACCUGGAUAGGACACGUAACGGAAUCACGUUAAGACCUGUAUAUAAACUUUUAAGACUCUGGCACGUGGGGGCAGAGAUCUACUCGUCUGUGGGCACCCAAGACAAGCCUCAUACAUAAGUUUUCUUGCUUAUUAAACCUGCCACCUACCAAUCCGGA